AUGCGGGCGAUUGUGCCGCGGAAGGGCGCCUCCCUCACGUGUCACGGAUUGUACACAGUCAACGACGAAUCGCAACUUUGCAAGCCUUUCAUCAUCAACCAAGACGAAGUAUUCUUCUCCAAGGAGUAUCGUGGCGAUGAUAUUCCCAAAAAGGCCAAUCGUAGGACCGCCACGCGAAAUCGUGUCAUGCUGGACCUUGUGGGUGGCAAGAAAUCGACGGCAGCGAAUAAUGAGCGCAUGCUCUCCGAGAAGGCCGUACGCGACGCCAACAUGGCUAUCGAUUCGUUCGAGGAGAGAAAGAGGUUGAUCAUGCAACAUGGAGCCGCAUACGAAUUGACGGGAGAUGUCAAACAUUUACGACAAAUGAAGUCGAUCUUGGAAAAGCUCGAUCCAUCUUUGCAAGAGCUUACGCCUGCUACUCAUCACAUGUUUCUUCUGCUCGAAGGUCAUCAUGUCCUUACAGAGGAAGAGUGCAAAGCAACGCAAGCGGAAAUCGCCAAAAAGUGGCCAGAAAUUGUUGAUACUUGCGGCAAGUUCUGCACCAGACUCACGCCAGAGAUCCCGCGAUUUUUCAUUUUUCGCCGAAUCAUUUCCGUAUAG